CGGUCGGAUUUGUCGGUUCGAUGCUUGCGUUGGGCCGCGUGGUUCUUUAUUCCAUCGAUGAACGUCGUGUCGCACGAGUCUUGCUAAACGCGUGUCGCGUGUACAGAAAGGGGCCCAACGGCAUUGCAUAGUUCACGCAGCAUCAGUUUCAGUGCUAUUCUCGAUAUUACGAGUGAUAACUGCGGUGAAUGGAUCGAUAUAACCCUUUAGAAUUCAAUAACUCUAGUGAUUAAAUUAGUGGAUAAUGUGCACACAAAACAACCCACGAAGAUAACCAGAGGGUAACUCAUGAACAUAACACAGCUCUUUUUGCAGUUAAACACUUUGAACUGAUUGCCAUAAGCUUCAAGUGCAAAAUGUGUACAAGCAACACACCGACAUUGCAAUUGUCAACUUUGACUUGAACGUUAUCUCAGUGUAGUGCCGUUUAGUGCAGCAGUUGAGUAGAUUUUUAGUGAACAACAUCUGGUCCGAUUUAGUGAUUGUUUAGCGAACGAACUGGAGAACGCAGCAGAAAGUGUACAAUCAAUAGUGCUAUAUUGUCGUCCGUUCGUGAAGCUCUUGCCGUGGAUGCCUCACCGAGAGACCCCACGGGUGAUCGUUGGGGAACCCUUGCCGAAUCCGAUCUAUUCGAUCAAGAGUCGCUGGAAAAGGAGCGACAGCGGCUGCCACAGAUUGCCUUAAAGUCAACAGUAGCGACACAAUGUGCUAUCUUCAGCCUGUUGUGCUAUCACCAUCCCGUGCGGGGUGAAGGCCUUGAUCGGCUUGAACCGGAAGUGCAGUGCUGUAUAGUGUGAAUUGAAAACCGAACCCUCGGUAUAGGAAAUUGAUCGAUCAACUCGAGCACGGCGAGCAAGGCGACCAAACUGACAAGUGUGGCCUUCACAUCAGCUCGGGAUAACGGCACCGAAACAACCAAUGUUGAGUGCUAUCAGCUUGUACGAAACACGUUAGUCUGUUGUGAGGGAUAGUUGCAUUGCUUCAUGGUUCACAUACACCGACCGCAUCAGUAUCCCCGACAACUUGGUCAUCAUCGUCUCAGACAUCUACUUUCGAUCAAUCGAUGAAGUCUAAAGUACAGACAAGCUUUAGACAAAAUGCGUCAUCGAUUGGGCGAUGGGGACGAUCAACGACGAACCCGGUAACCAUUCCCGGCAGUACGGCCAGCGGAACGGCUGACGGAUAUAGCUACACGUUAACAAGCGGUCCCAGCCCUCCGCAUAGUCCUCCCAUCAAUAUGCCGCCGCCAAUACCUCCCCGACCUGUGAUACGACAGUCCAGCUUCACCAAGAUAGGAUACAUGAUCAAUACAGCCGUCAAUGGAACCAAAAAGCAAUUCAGCAGUGGCAGCAGCAGCAACAGCAGCAGUAGUAACAGUGGUAAUGGCGAAACAUCGUGGUGCUUUUCACAGAUAAAGGGGGCCCUGGAUGAUGAUGUUACCGAGGCCGACAUCAUUUCCUGCGUCGAGUUUAAUCACGAUGGUGAACUUUUGGCCACUGGUGAUAAAGGAGGCAGGGUUGUUAUAUUCCAGAGAGACCCAUCGUCGAAGGCUUCAACACCGCGGCGUGGUGAAUACAACGUGUAUUCAACAUUUCAAUCGCAUGAACCUGAAUUCGAUUACUUAAAGUCGCUCGAGAUCGAGGAAAAAAUUAACAAAAUCAGAUGGCUGAGGCGCAAGAAUCAGUCACACUUUCUGCUCUCGACCAACGACAAAACGAUCAAGCUGUGGAAGGUGUCGGAGCGCGAUAAGCGAGUGGAGGGAUAUAACACACGGGAGGACAAUGGCAGCAUUCGCGAUCCAGCCUCGAUCAAUUCGCUGAGAGUGCCAUCGAUUAAGCCGAUGGAUCUGAUGGUGGAGGCAUCGCCACGUCGCAUUUUUGCGAACGCUCAUACCUACCACAUUAACUCGAUCUCGGUAAACUCGGAUCAGGAGACGUACCUGUCGGCGGAUGAUCUACGGAUCAACUUGUGGCAUCUAGAGAUUACCGACCAGAGCUUCAAUAUCGUCGACAUCAAACCGGCGAAUAUGGAGGAGCUGACUGAGGUGAUCACGGCGGCCGAAUUCCACCCGACCGAGUGCAACGUGUUCGUCUACUCGAGCAGCAAGGGUACAAUUAGGUUAUGUGAUAUGCGCUCUUCGGCAUUAUGCGAUCGACAUGCAAAGCUGUUCGAGGAACCGGAAGAUGUGGACACAACGAAUAAGAGUUUUUUCCGCGAAAUCAUAAGUUCGAUUAGCGAUGUAAAGCUGAGCAACUCUGGACGCUACAUGAUCUCGAGGGACUAUCUGAGUAUUAAAGUGUGGGACCUGCACAUGGAAACUAAACCUAUUGAAACGUAUCCGGUUCAUGAAUACCUCCGCACGAAGCUGUGUUCGCUAUACGAGAACGACUGUAUCUUCGACAAGUUCGAAUGUUGCUGGAACGGUAACGAUUCCGCCAUUAUGACUGGCAGUUACAACAAUUUCUUCCGCAUUUUUGAUCGGAAUACGAACAAGGACGUGACGCUCGAAGCGUCUCGCGACAUCAUCAAACCGAAGACAGUGUUGAAACCGCGCAAAGUGUGUACCGGUGGCAAGCGGAAAAAGGACGAAAUCAGCGUUGACUGUUUGGCCUUCAACAAGCGAAUUCUGCACACUGCUUGGCAUCCGCUCGAAAACAUCAUCGCCGUGGCCGCCACCAAUAAUUUAUUCAUUUUUCAGGAUAAGUUUUAGCCAAUAGUAAUAGUAGUAGUGAGGAUAAUUAAAUAUUAUUCUAAUUGUAAUGAUUACGAUUAUUAUUGAUAGAGUUUCCUGGGCAUACACGGCGGAACAAAGGAAGGUUAAGGUGGAAACAUAAUGGUGAAUGCAAAAGCAAAGCGCAUAAUAUUUUCGAUGUUCUGGCAGGUAUGAAAAAAAGGGAUUGUUAAAAAGCCAAGGGAAAAGGCGAAAAAACACGUUUCAGAACAUAAAAUUGUUACGUCUGUGGACAUCAUCACAAAACGACGCAAGCAAAAAAAAAAAAAAAAUACAAUCAACUGACUGGAAACCGGCUGGAAAUAGCGAGUGUGCUUGCGUGUGUGUAGUAGCAUGGCUAAAAUAGUACAGCAGACAAACCUCGAAGAGGAGGGUGUCGUAUGCCGUUUGCUGACCGCAAGAUAGAUAGGACAGAAAUGUGUCUUUGCAUUGCCCACAUUGUUUAAGAGAACUUGUGUAAAUGAAUUUGAACAGGUUUUUUGCAGUGUUCUUAUUCUACACGCAAUUGCAACCAUGCUUCAACUUUUACCUAUGUGCGCGGUCAAAUCCUGUACGCUUUCCAGCUUAAUUCACAUUUUCAUAGAACCACCAUCGAGCGUGGAAUCGAGAUGCGUAACAUCGGGAAAAUUUUGUUACACUUUUGCCUCCUGUUUGCUCGUUGUUGUUCAUCUUAACAGCAAAAGCAGGUAGCUUGAUUUGUUUGUCGACUGUCCCCAGGCCUAGGUCCCCAGGAAACGUACGAAGAAAGAGCAAUCCGAUCGUUAUAUCCACCCCAACAGUAGAUUCAGGAGUGUAGCUUCAGGGACGGGCGGGCACUAUAUACAAAAGAACAAUAAUUGCUGAAACGCCAUGUGCACAUGUGUUUGAUGAGUUUGCGGGUAUGAUGUCGUAUGAAUGGGCAAGAGUAGUGUGUGAGUGAGUGAGAGAAAAUUGGGUGUGUGCGAUGAUGUAGUUUGUAUGUGGGCAGUGUGUGUGUGUGUGUGUACGCGUGUGCUGGGCGCAGUAGGAAGAGGCAGCACUGCGUGUGCUUCGAAUGAUAGGAUAUGAUGCAAAUGGAAAUACAUCGUUAAUUCUAGAUACUAGUGAAAAUAAAUCAGUUAGGGUGCGGCGAGGUGUUUGCGGAAAAUGGUGAAUGAGAAAAUGAAUUGCAACAAAAACAUAGGUGUAAAAAAACGAAUCGUAAUACAUUGGCUUUGGUGAUACCGUGCAGCUCGGUCACAAUGAAAAAGAGGAACAGAAAAGAGACACAGAGGGCCGAAAUUUGCACGCAGUGAAAAGGUAUCAGGAAGAACAAGUGCAAGCUUCAGAAAUUGGGUGAAGAGAACCCGUCAACCGUGCGAAAAAUGAAUCGCUAGCGUCAAAAUUAAUGGCUAGAGAUUGUUGUGCUAAGCAUUUCUUACAAGAGGUGAAAUAAUUUACAAUUAUAACCUCCUUGCUUUUCAGUUCAUGAAGCACUAUCGUUAAAGAUGAUAACAGCAAAAAACAAACACGGAGGCGUACACGCAGACACAACAAUCGAUAAAAAUCGUUCCCUUAGCGUAUUUAUACAUCAAACAUCGCAAAUGAACAAAAUCAACUCAUCAAAAAGAAGGUACAUUUAGAGAGUUUAAUCUACAAAAAUAAACAUAUAUCGCAGCUCAAUAAUGGUUAACAGUAACAACAAACCCGUAGAACCUUUUUGUACUCAGUUCAAUAUAGCACAGGCCACAAAAACUGCAGCGAAAGAUUACAACUUUGGUAACUAUUGGUUGCAAUUUGAGUACAUGCUUUUGGGGUUUUGGUUAUCCAUAUCCAUAUCCAAAAGAGCGUGGGUUUUGUUGUGUGUAUGAACCCCAGCUUCAAACAACAGCAAAGAGGAUGGUGUUGCAUUUGUUCCUGCUAUCUCCACUUAUUCGGCUAUUCCAAUUGCACUUCAUUCAGCCAACAAACCGAAGGAUUAAGGGCAGAGACAUUUUUCUAUUUUCCGAUUAUUGUUACUACUAUAAGGCGAUGUGUUGCUGUAGCUUCCGCAUCAUAUAUGAGAGUGUAAUUGAAACUUAACAUAUAUUUUUUACUGUUUAUUUUAUUGUUUGCAUUUAAGCUGUGGCAUGGCUGAAGCUUGAGGAAAAGAAAAGAAGAGAAAAGAAAGGAAGCAUUGCAUGUGGUGUGAGAGAUGAACGACAAACAGCAAAUCGAAAAUAUACACUCACUGCACUUAAUAACGACGCAUUAAAGGAGAUAGAGCUAACGUGGAGAGGUUAAAGCAAAUGAAUAAAAUUAAAAUAUAAAGCUAAGAGAACGUGUAAGCAGAAGAAGAAAACAACGCUUACACGCAGAAGGACCGUUGUCGAGGGAGAGUUGCAAACGCAUUGAUUCUUUCGGCAAAAUACGUACGUGUUAUGUGUUUGUGUAGGCGGUUUUAAAAACAAUUCCUUGCAGAACCUUUUUUUAUUACUUUUAUAUUAAGCUAGAUUUUUAUCCCCAAUGUAAAGUGGUUGCUGCUUUGUUUGGAUUUGUUUUAUUUUAUUCUCAGUUUGCCGCUCCCACCCCCUUUUUUUGUUUUGGAGAAUUUGGCAAAAAUAAUUAGAAUGACAUAGAAUGAGUGAGGGGCAGAAAUGAACACCUCCCAUGCCUUGUGAAAAGACAUAACGCCCGUUUAACUCACAGACAGACAGAAAGAUAGACGGACAACCAGAGAGGGCGGCGCAUACACGAUGGUAUUGUGUAAAAAAAAAAAAAAAUGCGGUACAGAAUUGCUUGUGUGUAUGAUGGCAUGUGAUACUCGUGUUUACUUCGUCCUCGUACGAACGGAAAAGACUAGACAAAAAUAUAUGUAGAGAAGCGGGGAGGGAAGAGGGGAUACUAACGAUGGGGCGCAAGAAUAGCGCAUCGGAAGAGAACGCAACAAACACACAAAGGUCGGAGUAGCGCAAGAAUGAAAAGGUAUAGCGCACAGCAGAGCAAUGAGCGCCAGAGGGAAGAAACAGGAGAGGAGGCACACGGUUUAUUAAAUCCAUGAAACGAAGCAGCAUAAGCGAAACAACAAAAAUCAAAUGAAAUAAAACAAUGAAUAAAUCACACAAAA